ACUCAGCAUCAUUAUCUGAUUUUCCUCGCCAAGUUCAUAAAUUGUAUGUUUAUGGCCAUAUAAGUCAAAAAAGAAGAAGUCGUAAUCUCAUACGUAUGCAUUUCAAUCUAUCCUCUCCCACCAACCUUUUUCUUUAUAUGCCAUCCCAUUGUUUUAGUUUUCACUCAUUCUGUAAACUCACUAGCUACAUACUACACAUAAAUGGAUAAUCCCAGCGGCACCGUCCUCUUUACCACCGUUGCCCGCCCAACCUAUGGUUUCGACGUUUUCUCUAUCAAACUCUCCUCUGAUUUCAACUUCUCCAACUCUGAUGAACACCGUCUUACCGAUGGUGUAUCUAUCAACUACAAUGCCCAAUUCAUUAAUACCCACCAACAAGACCAAGAUCAAACUCAAUCCAUUGUUUUCAUAUCUGAAAGAUUAGGCUGUCCAGCUAUUUACUUAUCCAAGCCUGAACUCUCCACACCUGAGCAGCUAUCACUUGUAACGGAAAGUAUUUUCCAUGAUCGUCCAGUCGUAAAAGAUGACAGACUCUACUUCAUUUCAGCUCAUGAAAAUCCAGAUCAGCUUUUUAAAAGCUGGUCUGCUCUUUACUCCUGUCAUCUCCAUCUUAAUGAUUCAAACGGGAAAGACAUUACUCGUUUGACACCCCGUGGAGUUGUCGACUUCAGUCCUGCUGUUUCUCGUAGCGGCGAAUACAUUGCUGUUGCAUCUUAUGGAUCUCGUCCUUGGGAAGGUGAAUUUCACGAGCUGAAGACGGACAUUGUUGCUUUUAAAGCAUCUGAUCCUGAGAAGCGAGUUGUUGUUUGUGAAAGAGGUGGCUGGCCUUCCUGGUCAGGUGAUUCCAUCAUUUAUUUCCACCGCCAAGCUGAUGAUGGCUGGUGGAGCAUUUUUCAGGUCAAAUUCCCGGAUAAUUUGAAUGAUAUUUCCGGGUUUCUGAACACUCCAGUUCGAGUUACUCCACCCGGUGUUCACUGCUUCACCCCGGCAGCAUUUCAGGAUGGCAAACGAAUCGCUGUUGCGACGAGACGACGUAACAAGAAUUACAGACACAUUGAGAUAUUUGACGUUGGUUCAAGCACAUUUUAUCCAGUUACUGAUUUACUCAACCCGAGUUUUCACCACUAUAAUCCGUUUGUUUCUUCCGAUUUUCUGGUUCUCGGGUACCAUCGUUUUAGAGGUGAAUCAAGACCUGGAGAGACCACGGUUCGCAACCUCGAACCAGUUAAAUCUCCGAUCAAAGAUUUACGAAUGCUGCGACUCAACGGAUCAUUUCCCUCGUUUUCUCCAGCCGGUGAUUUAAUCGCCUACAAUCCUGAUUUUAUCAAUUCAAAUGGAGGUUUAAAGAUCAUGAAAUCCAACGGUUCCAACCGAUGGACUCUAAUCAAAGACCGUGUAGCCUUCUACAACUCAUGGAGUCCAACAGAGAAACACGUCAUCUAUACAUCUGUCGGUCCAAUAUUUGAGCAAGCCAAAACAGCGGUUCAGAUUGCACGCGUCACCUUCGAUCCAUCUGAUCUAAAGCCCGACAGCAACGAAAUCCCAUGUGAUGUAAAAAUGUUGACAAGAGAAGACACAGGUAAUAACGCCUUCGCAUCAUGCUCACCGGACGGGAAAACUCUUGUGUUCCGGUCUGGCCGGAAUGGCUAUAAGAAUCUGUAUAUUAUGGACGCUUUUGACGGUGAGUUUAACGGCAGCAUACGUCAGCUAACGGAUGGGCCAUGGAUUGACACAAUGCCUAGCUGGUCUGCAAAAGGAGAUUUGAUAGUGUUCUCAUCGAACAGGCAUAUUCCGAAUAAUGUUGAAGCGUUUAGCAUAUACGUAGUCAAACCUGACGGCUCUGAUUUGAAGAGAAUCCACGUGGCCGGACCAGAAGGAUCGAAUGAUGCUGACAGAGAGAGAUUGAACCACGUGUGUUUUAGUAGAGAUGGAGAGUGGCUUUUGUUUGCCGGAAACGUAGGGAGUGUGACAGCUGAGCCAGUGUCGUUGCCCAAUCAUUUUCAGCCGUAUGGGGAUUUAUUUGUGGUGAGGCUGGAUGGCAGUGGGUUAAGGAGGCUGACGUGGAAUGGCUACGAGAAUGGCACGCCGGCGUGGCACACAGGUGGUGAGCUGGAUUUGGGUGAUUUGUGUUUGAAUGAAGAGGAUGAAGAUAAGCUAACCGGGAAGACUGAUGAUCCACUUUGGAUAAGGUGUGAUAUGUGAUUUUUGAUUUGCUUAUAAAUAAAUCAAAUAAAGAAAGAAAUAUGCUUAUGAAACUUGUCAAGUCAAGUAGCAUAUUCGCAAUUCCCAUGUAUUUCGAUUUUUCCUUAAUAUAUUACUCUAGUUUUGGUAAAUGAAAACAUACUUGCAAUUUGGUCAAAAUUAACAAAAUAGAAAUGUCUUUAUCCAUUUAAUCUUUCAAAUUGAUUAAU